AUAAACUCCCGUCGACAGGUGUCAGUAUGACGACUCCAAACCCGGACGUUUUGCUCUCGAAGCGCGCCAUCCGUAGAACAAGAGUGGGGUCUUUUCCUCUUGUUUUUUUGGUGUGGCUAAUGGGCUAACUGCCACCUACUCGUUUAGAACACCGGCAAGUUAGUCCGAUUGGGAAUGUCCCACAAUACGCCAAUCGACAAGCUGUUGACGCUGUUUUGCAAAGAUAUACCAGAAUAUUAAGUGGACGACACUUUGACAUUCAUGUGAAGGAAAGGUUAUCUCAGAAGGCUGCACAUAAACUGUGAACACAUCCAUGUAUAGCCUGAUGAUGGAGCGAGGAAAGCAAAGACGGCAAAAUGUCCAGGAGGGUGGCUCGGGUAGAGAUUUGAUGGAUGCCGGACGGUUUUGUUUCAGCUGUGAGCAGAUAUAUGCAAAUCGUAAAUGCUUGGAGGAACACGUUUGUUCUGCUGCAAGCCACAUCUGUUCCUGUGGAACCGAAUUCGCCGAAUACAAAGACAUGCUGGAGCACAGCACCACACAUGAACCGGGACACCAAGUGCUGGAUCAUGAUACAAUAAGGAAGCGCAGAAUUGAGAAGCGCAUAGAAGAGGAGAAGCAGUUGAAAAGACUACGGACCGGGGAAGUUGUCUGGGAGACCCCUAAAUUGUACAAUGGGCCAUCAAUGUCUUUGCCAGGGAAGCCUAUGCUGCAAGCACCCAUUACAUCAGCAUCUUUCCCGCAUGUUCCCAAGCAGUCCAAACAGAUUUCACAAGUGCCUCAGUUGUACAACUCUAUGUCACAAGCAUCUUUGCUCCCAAAUCCUAGCCCCCAUGAAAAAGACAUGCAGAAUAUUUUUGCGGGUGUGGGUGCACCAACAGUGGAUCUUUGGACACUUUACCAGCCUGUCGUGUUGUUGCAAACGGUGCGCACAUUUACCAAGUCAAAGCCUUACACGUGCGGUAAAUGUGGGCAGUGUUUUACAACAAAGACCUCUCUCAUCUGCCACCACAGCACUCAUGUCACAGAUAAAGUUUCUGGCUGUAUAGGAUGUGGGCUGCUGCUCUCCAGCAAGAAGAUGGUGCCUCGCUUCCAUUUUUGUAAGGCGCCAAACACCGCUACCAAAUUCCGAAUCAUCACUGCUAGGCCACUGAAUUUUAAGAAUCACAGGAGUCCAAGUGUUCAGGGGCCUUGUGCCACUUCCUCCCUACAGUUGAAAAGCCAGAAUCCCACGGCAGCCAGUGAAGUCAGUCGGGCACCUCUUAUGAGUUCCAACCUGCAGUUCAGAAAUCCGAAGAUAUGCACAUUCAAAAAAAGCAAUCAGGGGCUUCGUGUCUCUCCAUCCCUGCAGGCGAAGGGUCAGCAUCCCAGUGCAUACAAUAGAACCAGUCAGGUGCUUCCUGUCACACACUCCAUGCAGGUGAAGAUCGCCACAAAGUCUGGAUCAGGUGUGUCAAGCAAACCAAUGCAGACAUGUUCUGCAUCAAAUCGGUUCCCAUGUCGAGUCUGUUAUCUUCCAUUUGAAACGGCUCAGCUUCUACAGAGACACAAGUGUGUCAAAGCAGAGGAGUUUAUGGCACAGCAUGUGCAAGGCGGAAAACAAAAUAACAAAUUCAAGAGGGUGACCCCGGUGAUGAGCCUAAAUCCUGUUCAGGUGAAUGGUGAGAGAAAACUUGUGUUUUCAUCUUCUGAUAACAUGAAGAAAAACCAAUCCAUGGCUGUCGUCCUGGAUAAAGGGCAAGGGGCGGCUGCUGUCAAUGGGAAAAUUGAUGUGGAUAAGGAAGAUGAUUGUUACAUAGUUGAAAGUGGACCAGACAAACCUGCUGAGAUGAUAUACCAAGUAACCUCGUCUGUCCCUAUUAAGACUUGACAAAACUAGAGCGGCACAUCCAAUUUGCAUGUCACAUUUUAUCUAUGAACUUUCUGGCUUUCUCCAAACUAUUAAAGCUAAAUGUAGGAUGACUAAUGACAACAACCAUGCAUCUUAGGCUGGAUUUUUUUUUGUCAGUGAUGUAAACAGUCCCAAUAUUGGUGCCCCCGCAUUAUUAUAGAUUGUAAAUCAAUACAGUUUAUUGUGAAAAUGUAUGUGCAUGGUUUACCCAUGUUUGUUGGGCUAACCAGGUACUGUCUUAUAGUCUAGUUGUUGUUUUUAGUAUGAUUGAACUUGUUGUGAGUAGGGUUGCAGCGUUAUACAGGUUUCACAGUAUACUGUGGUAUGAAAAUUGAUAGGUUAUUAUACCGUGUACAUUUAGUCAUCUAUGGUAUUGUAUUUUUUUCCAGAAAAGAUACUUAACACGUACUUUUUUAAACACUUGAUGUGUCAAUUAUAAUAAAGCAUUUGUUGAACAAGAAAGGUGUAUUCAUUUUUUGAGGAUUAUUGUAGCUAAUGAUAAUAAUUGUGUAAUACCGUAUACCAUUAUUAUGUCGUGCAAAUGUGAUAUUUUCUAUGACGGUUAUUGUAUCCUAAAAAUCUUAUACCGUUGCAACCCUAGUUGUGAUGCUGUGGGAGGUGACACAACACCUUGUGUUCUUACCAACUUUGUCAGACUUUAUGAAUGCAGUAUGUGUUGUAUUAAACUAUAUUUUCAAACUC